CAUACCGCCUUUAAUAUCAAUCAUCACAUGAAUCAAUAAUUCCAAAAGUUGAGGAAGAACUCAUCAUUCUUUGCUAAACUACUACUUUGUAUAUAUAUAUAUAUAUAUUCACAAAACUUUGUUGAGAAAAUAGACACAUCUAUGGAGAAAAAUAACAAAGAAAGUGUGGAAAUCAAUGAAGCUCCAAAACUUAACUACAGAGGAUGGAAGGUCAUGCCAUACAUAAUUGGAAAUGAAACAUUUGAGAAGCUAGGAGCAGUUGGUACCUUAUCAAAUCUGUUAGUUUAUCUUACAACAGUUUUCAACCUUAGCAGUAUUACAGCCACAAAUAUUGUCAAUAUCUUCAAUGGAAGUGCCAGUUUAGCUACUUUGUUAGGAGCUUUUCUUUGUGACACUUAUUUUGGUCGCUACAAAACACUUGGAUUCUGCACAUUUGCCUCCUUUCUGGGUUUACUUGUUAUUCACCUAACAGCAUGGAUCAAAAGCAUGCAUCCACCUUCAUGUGGAAAUGAGAGAACCACAUGCAUAGAUCCAACCACAGGACAAAUGUCAUUCCUACUACUUGGAUUUGGAUUUCUUAUAGUAGGAGCUGCAGGGAUUAGACCUUGUAACUUAGCAUUUGGAGCAGAUCAAUUCAACCCAAAUACUGAAUCAGGAAAGAAAGGAAUCAAUAGUUUCUUCAAUUGGUAUUUUUUUACCUACACUUUUGCUCAAAUGGUUUCUUUGUCAUUGAUUGUUUAUAUACAAUCAAAUGUGAGUUGGGCACUUGGUCUUGGAAUUCCUGCUGCUUUGAUGUUGUUUUCAUGUGUUGUUUAUUUCAUGGGAAGUAAAUAUUAUGUUAAAGUUCAAGCAUCUGGUAGUCCUGUAACAAAUAUUGUUCAAGUUAUAAAUGUGGCUAUAAAGAAAAGGAAACUUAAUCUACAAGAGGAUGAAGAUUCAUUGGUUACACUUUUUAGCUAUAUAUCUCCUCACUCUAUCAACUCGAAUCUUCGACGUACACCUCAGUUCAGGUUCCUUGACAAAGCUGCUAUUAUAACCCCACAAGACAGUAUAAACCCUGAUGGUUCUGCAUCUGAUCCAUGGAAUCUAUGCAGUAUACAACAAGUAGAAGAAGUAAAAUGCUUACUAAGAGUGCUACCAAUUUGGCUUUCAGGCAUACUUUACUAUGUUGCAUUAGUCCAACAGAACACAAUGUUAGUCUUCCAAGCACUUCAAUCCGAUCGAAGAGUUUUCAACACCAAUUUCAAAAUCCCCGCAGCUUCUUACACGAUAUUCACAAUGUUAAGCCUAACAAUAUGGUUACCAAUCUACGACCGAAUAGUUGUGCCAACAAUUCGAAAAUUCACUGGAAAAGAAGGCGGAAUCACACUUCUACAAAGAAUGGGAAUUGGAAUGUUUAUUUCUAUACUAUGCAUGUUAGUAUCCGGCAUAGUAGAAGCGCGAAGAAGGACUAUGGCUAUUAAUAAUCCUAUUGGAUUUGAACCGAGAAAAGGCGCGAUUUCUUCUAUGUCGGCUAUGUGGUUGAUUCCUCAGUUAUUACUAGCAGGAUUCUCUGAUGCAUUUUGUUUGGUUGGACAAGUUGAAUUUUACUAUAAACAGUUUCCUGAGAACAUGAGAAGUCUCGCGGGAUCGCUGUUUUUUUGCGGCUUGGCGCUAUCGAGUUAUUUUAGUAGUAUGUUGAUUUCGAUUAUUCAUCACACAACGGCUAAAUCUGCAGAUGGAAAUUGGUUACCACAAGAUUUGAACAAAGGGAGAUUGGAUUACUUUUAUUAUGUGAUUACUGCUUUGGAAGUGAUUAAUUUGGGUUACUUUAUGUGGUGUUCAAGGUGGUAUAGGUACAAAGGGGAAGAUGAUAAUGGUGUUGAACUUGAUCAAGUGUUGAAACAAUCUGAAACAAAGAUUAAUGGUGUUUAGUGAUUAAUUAAGUUCUUAGUUGAUGGUACAGAACUUCGAAAUAUUGGCUAUAGUUUACCAUUGUAUUUUUAUUUAUUUUUUGUCAAGUAUUCUAGUGACUAAAAAAUCCACUUUAAAGAUGAAUAAGUGGAGCGUCUCGGGUUCGAACCCGGACACCUGCACAUAUAGUGCAAUGUCCCUACCAACUGAGUUAAGCUCGCGGGGACGGUUUACCAUUGUAUUUUUAUUUGAAAAAAAAAUAAGGUGUUUGAAUUUUGGUCAUUUUAUAAUUGUAUAUAGAAAUAAUUUUAGGAUAAA